AUGCAUACCACUUUGGUGGCUCUGAAUGCCGCUACAAACGCACAUAUGGACGGUUUACACUGUGCUAUGGAAGCUUGGUUUAACUUGAGUACCUAUUUAGGUUUUCGCCUUUGCGAAUGGGCCCAGGAGGAUGAUUACCGUUGCUUGGCUUCCGGUGGCAAGAUUGCCCCAAAUGGUACGAAACGCGCCUUCACUCUUAAUGACAUUCGUUUGUUCGAUUCGAGUAAUCAUCCUGUUUCGAUUCGGGUAAUCAUCCUGUUUCGAUUGUUGAGUUUAUCGAGAAUUUUGAUGCCGUGGCCCGCUCCAAUAGUUGGAAGUAGUAUUUUUGGAGCUGGCGGACGACAUACGGACGGCGAGAUUAUGACCAAAAUGGCCAGACCAACGGUGACAUGGGCAGAUCGCGUUCGCGGCUUUGCUGGUGGGAUUGCCAGACCAGAGUCGCUCGGUCCCGAGCAUGAAAAAACUAGUAAAUAG